ACUGUCUCAUCGCAGAAGGGAAGAGAAUGCUUUGGGACAGGGAGAGUGAGAUGGGGAGCUUCUUCACUCCCAGUAGAACAGUGAGAAACUGAACUGAGAUGGAUGGAGCUUACAUGCGAUACAUCAUGUGUAGGGACAAUCAAACAUGUUUGUUUUGAUGAAAGGCUUAUUUCAUUCUGCUUUGAGAGAAAUGUGAAUGUUUUUAAAGGAAAGUUUCUGGGGUUGUGGAUGUAAUGUGUUUUACCACAGGGACCAUGGUUAUGAUGAAGCUCUCUGCCCUCCUCAUGACCUAUUUCCUGGUCAUUUGUCAGAUGUACAGCUCACAUGCAGCUCCAGCCAGAACUGGUUUAGAGUCCAUGACAGACCAAGUCACGCUAACUGACUAUGAAGCCCGAAGGCUACUCAACGCCAUCGUCAAGGAGUUUGUUCAAAUGACUUCAGAGGAACUGGAGCAACAAGCCAAUGAAGGAAAUAGCCUGGAUAGACCCAUGUCCAAGCGUUGCUCCAACCUCAGCACCUGUGUGCUGGGCAAACUGUCACAAGAGCUGCACAAAUUGCAGACGUACCCCCGCACCAACACGGGAAGUGGCACGCCUGGCAAGAAACGCAGCUUGCCUGAGAGCAACCGCUAUGCAAGCUAUGGAGACUCAUAUGAUGGAAUCUGAGCGGUCCUCCCCUCCAUCAGCCCUAGUUAACCUGACCCCUCUGUUCCAGCCUAGCCUGAUGAUUGCUGAUGCAUGUGAAUCUUGCUUGACCGACUGCAGAGAAACCUUGAUGUCCCGCAAUGUCCCUGCUCUCUUUUUCUUUUGUUAAAAUCCCCUUUUUUGACAGAGAAUAAAAUAUAUAAGUACAAAGCAGAGUCCAAUCCUUUAGAUUUAGAAAGUGAAUAAUGAUUUAGAUUCACUUCCCUAUCUUAAGGUGUAUGAUAUCCCUUUACUAUACAGAUCAUUCACAAUAUUUAAACGUUUUAAUCAAAACAAAAAUCUUAAUCAAUGCUUCUUUCAACCGUGACUUGGGUUCUUGUUUAAUAAACAUAUUUUUUUAUGCCAGAA